CCUGACCUGAGACUGACAACCGGCGAAUCAACAAAAACAGAUGUGAGAUGAAUACACUGUGGCUGCCGCUUCUUCUGAGCUCAGUCAUAUGGGCAGAGGAGCAGUAUUUUCCUCAGUUACCCAAUGCCACAUGGGACGAUGCCAGACUCUACUGUCAGUCCUGUUUCAAAGAACUGACGACCAUGACCUGCAGUAACGUCCAUCUCAUUGUGAAGAACCUCUCUUCGGACUACUGGGUUGGACUCCGCAGGAGUUACAAUGGCUCCUUCCCUUGGGCCGAAUGGUCCAAUGGGGAUCCUGUUACAUAUCAGAAUUGGUACCCUGGUCAUCCUGUUCCAAAUAAAGAAAAUAAACUGAUUCCUAUAUGUUCCUCAACUACAGAAAGUCCACUGAGCACCCUAAUAACUACCACAACAUCUACCCUAAUGACCUCACUAGAAACCUCCACAGUAACUUCUGCUCCGGUAACCUCUCCAAAGACUUCCACAAUAUUUCAAACUGAAAAAGCAGAGGAUACAUGUCCUAUACUGACUGAUAUCCUUGAUUGCUUAAAUAUGACAUGUUAUGAUCUUGAAAGUGCCAUGACUAUGUGUAAUAGAACAACGACUGUCACCCCUAAGACCACAACAUACAACACUGUCCCUGAGGUCACAACAUUUAGCACCACUUUUAAUGCUGCAACAAACGGCACCACAACAAACAGCACCACAACCGAAGGCACCACAACUGAGGGUCCCACAACCGAAGGCGCCACAACCGAGAGCACCACCACCAGCAACUGCAUCUCUGAACCCGAGCCAGAUCCUGAACAGUACAUCGAGGAUGCUUGUGUGGUCCUGCUCAGCUUCGGCAUGUGGAAGGAAGAAGACUGCAAUAAAAGUCUACCCUACAUCUGUUAUGAAGAGCGCUUUUUUGGCCAGAUAUACGUUUCCGACGUGAACACAAGUGCAGCCAAUCUGAGCUGGACUGAGGGGCCCGGUGCUGAGAACAUCAGUCACUACAGAGUGGAGAUCACUGAGGACAAUAACCAGACAUUUAAUCAGACAUUUAACCAGACAUUUUUCCAGACUGAGCUGUUUGAACACAUACAAAAUCUGACAGCAGGAACUCUGUACAGAGUUCAGAUGUUUCCUGUGAAAUGUGGCAGGGAUCUCAAUCCGCAGAAUAUCUCCUUCUACACCCAGCCCUCUGAUGUGCAAAAUCUGACAAUAGUCGGUAUGACAAACGUUAGCGCCAACCUCAAGUGGAGGAAUCCAGAAGGAAACCGUGACUUCUACUCAGUACAUGUCGAAUGCAAGUCAAAUAAAUCUAUUCAUGACAAAGUCGAAAAGUGUCCAAGUGAAGAGUGCACUAUCAAGAAUCUUGCUCCAGGGUAUGAGUAUGAGUUCACAGUUAAAGCUGUUGUGAAUGAGACGUUUGGAGGUGUGCCAAGCAACGCUUCUGAUUACACCAAACCUUCGACUGUCACAAACCUAAAACAAUCAUAUAAAAAUAGCACAUUCAUAAAAGCCUCUUGGGAACCGCCCGAGGGAGGAUAUUCAGGAUACCGCUAUUGUCUUAAAAAAGUCGAUUACAGCCACAAGUGUACUUACUGCAACAUCAUAACAAGCAGCAGCAGUACGACAAACUUCAGUAUUACAGACUGCAAUAUAGUGAAUGCAACAACAAAUGUAAUCAAUGAGACUGAUAAACCAGACGGCAGCAAGUUUUGUCUGUGUGUGGCAGCGCUGACAAAUAAUGGCAUCAUAUCAGGAGAAAUGGUUCCAAUCCCAGCAUACACACUCCCAAAAACUGUGAACCUCUCUUUGAAACCCGGCUCCGACAACAUGACUGCCAGCUGGGAAACAAAUGUGAAGUAUGAAUAUUUCAAAGUGAUGAUUACAACAGAUGCAUACCCGUACAAUCCCCUGCCACUUAGUAUUACAGAGUUGAAUUACACUUUCGAGAAUCUGAAGGCAGGAGUGAAUUACACCGUUUCAGUUUACACAGUCAAUGGUGACCUGAUUAGUGUUCCUGCUAUAGAGUCAAAAUACACCAAGCCUACUAAGCCUGCUUGGGUAAAUGCCAUCGCUAGCAAAACAAGCAUAGAUGUAUACUGGGGAGCUCCGGCUGCGUCACAGGGUGCCACGGUUAAUUAUACGGUGGAAUAUUACACGGCUUUUUGGAACAAAUCUGAUAAAAUAUAUACAAAUGGUACAAACACCAACUUUACUGGUUUAAAUCCAGGAACGAGAUAUGACAUUAAUGUCCGUGUCGUGGCAGACGAUUUGAGUGAGCCAGCAACUUAUCAUGCAUACACAGUGCCUGAGAAGAGGACACUGGUGCUCACAAUGUUGUGUUCCUCUGAAACGGCGCUUCAUUGUGACAAAACUGACACUCGGAAAGAACUGUUUGACAAGCUGAAAAACAUAAUUUAUAACACAUUUGAAAACAAGGUCCACUGGAAUCUGAGUUGGGCAAAAACAAAAGACAACGUCCUUUGAAUCCCUAUUACGUGGCCUGCUGUAACUAAGGGGAAAAAUCACAUACUGCAAUGCAUUGUGAAUUCAGAUUUUGUUUUCUUACA